AUGGGGCAGAAGAAGGGUGGUCCACCGCCACCACGACCACCUUCACCUCCACCACCACCUUCCAGUAGCUUAGAGUUUCCUCCGCUGCCGUCACAUCCUCGUUCUUCUUCCUCUUCGCUUCAUCAAGAUCUUAACCCACUGGAGUUGGAUUUUCAGCUACAUCGCGAUCAAACGUCGGCAAAUUUUCAAGACAUCAAGGAGUCCUUGGAGUAUAUGCACUUUCAGAAUUUUGCUUUACGUUCAAAAUUGCUCGAAGAAAUUCGUCAACUGCGAGUGGGUCCUAAGAACCCAUGUGAGGUUGCUGGUACUUCUCAAGUAGGAGGUUUGCCAUCACUGAGAUUGUCGUCAUUUCCGAAGACGUCGUCUUUGUCACCACCAGCAUUGGUACUCCCCCCAGUUUCCCUCGUGAGCUCAGCUUUGGGUAACUUUCAUACUACAAUUCCUGACCUAUCAAUAUUACCUUUAUAUAGCUCGUUUAUGACUGGUUCUAUGAAUGGUGUCCCAAAUACACAUAUGAUGAGUAUGGAAUUACCUAAUUUGCUUGGUUCAAUGGUCUCUUUGCCGAUGGGCUACUCGACUGGCAUGACUUUGAGUAGUGGACCAUUGAUGAUGGAACCUGUUUCUCAAUUUUAUUCAGCACCACAAUACUUUCAUAUGCCUAAUAUAAGUUCACAGCCACACUAUGUUGCUCAUAAUAUUCCAUUGCCACACCCACAAAGUCAUCAAAGCUCAUUCAAUUUGACAUAUUCUGGACCUUACCCUGUGUCUUAUAUUGACUUUAUGCCUACUACAUCACAACUGUGCUCCCAAGCCCCGCCCUACUUCCCUAAUCUUCCUACUAUGAAGCAAAUGCAUCUUGAUUUCACAACAUUUGAUGGGGGUGAUCAUGUGGACUGUGUGGAUUAUCAAGUGACACUAGCUAAGCUCCAGCAAGUGGGUAGCGUAGCUGAUUAUAAGGCACGGUUCACUAAGCUUUCUUGCAGGGCACCCAGAUUUUCCCCAGGAGCUUUGUUAGCUUGUUUCAUUGGUGGUCUCAAGGAGGAUAUAAGGGUGGAUGUGCGAGAUUUGAAUCCAAAAACAUUAUUGGAAGCUUAUGAAUUGGCAAAAAUCUAUGAAGAAAAAUAUGUUGGUCACAAGCAUCAGUUCAUUUCAGCUGCUGCAAAAUCGAUACCAAAUAUCAGCAGACCUGCCAAUAGCACUUCUCUUACCCCUAAGUCGAGUACAAGAACCCCCUUAGUGGUCAACAAAAAUGAGUUGGGACAUAAUAAAUUAACUCAAGCCGAGAAUCAAGAAAGAAGAGCUAAGAACAUAUGUUUCUUUUGUGAAGAACCUUUUAAGCCUAGUCAUAAUUGUCGGAAGGGAAGAGCAUUUCUCAUUGAAGUAUGUUCAGGAGAUGAAGUAAAUAAGGAUAACAAUGCAAUUGAUGUUACGGAUGAGUUAGUCUCUGAUCUCAACAAAUUGGAUGAGCCCUUGAUUCAAUUGCAUGCUAUGUUAGGUGAACAUUCUGAAACAAUGCAGCUAAAGGGAGAAAUUGGCCACAAGAGGCAAGUACAUGUUCUGAUAGAUUCGAGAGCAAGUCAUUACUUCAUUCACCCUUCAGUUUUAAAAAAGGGUAAGUUGCUUUAUGGUUCAAAGUCUCCAUUGAAUGUGAAAGUGGCCAGUGGUGCUAUCAUGCAAACUAUGGGACAUCUACCUAGCUUCCAAAUGACAUUGCAAGGGUACACUUUUCAAGCUGAGUUUUAUGUCCUGCCAGUCUCAAGUUGUGAAGUUACUUUGGGGGCUUCUUGGCUACAAAGUUUAGGGGAUAUUCUUUGGAAUUUUGAAGAUCUUACUAUGAAGUUUGACAAGGGGGCACUCGUUAUACUUUACGAGGGUUACUUCAAGAGGAAUCUUGUGUUGUCUCGUGUAGAGUGUUUGGCAUCAAAUGAUACACCUCAGAAUAUCCCUGCAGAGUUGACACCAGUUCUCAAGCAAUUUGAGCAGGUUUUUUCAAUUCCUACUUCAUUACCUCCUCACAGGUCUCAUGACCACAGAAUUGUGUUGGCUUUUGGAACAGCUCCCAUAAAUUUUAGACCUUAUAUGUAUGUACAUUAUCAAAAGAAUGAAAUUGAUAAGAUUGUCAAGGAUUUGCAGGAGUCUGGGGUAGUGCGGCCUAGUAACAAUCCUUUCUCUUCACCAGUGUUACUAGUCAAAAAGAAGGAUGGAAUAUGGCGUUUGUGUGCUGAUUAUCGCUCCUUGAACGCAGCAACUAUAAAGGACAACUUUUCCAUACCUAUGGUUGACAAAUUACUCGAUGAAGUGCAUGGUGCAAUAGUAUUUUCCAAACUGGAUCUUAGAUCUGGUUAUCAUCAAAUUAGGAUGAGACCAGAAGACAUAGAGAAAACUGCUUUUCGGACGCAUGAGGGCCAUUACAAAUUCCUUGUCAUGCCAUUCGGCCUUACAAACGCACCCUCGACCUUUCAAGCUUUAAUGAAUGAUGUUUUCAAAGAAUAUUUGAGAAAAUUUGUUCUUGUGUUUUUUGACGAUAUUUUGAUUUACAGUUCAUCUAUGGAGGAGCAUGGUCAUGUGGUGUCAAGCAAGGGAGUGGCUGUGGAUCCGAGUAAAAUUGAAAGCAUUUCACAGUGGCAGAAACCAACUACUUUGAAAGGACUACGAGGUUUCUUGGGGUUUGCAGGAUACUAUAGAAAGUUUGUUCGAAACUUUGGGAUAAUUGCCAAGCCCCUCACCAAUAUGCUCAAAAAAGACAAUUUUAAGUGGAGUAAGGAAGCUGACAAGGCAUUUGAAGAACUCAAAAGGGCAUUGAUUAGCACCCCAGUGCUAGCAUUACUAGACUUUUCCAAGGAAUUUACUGUCAAAUGUGAUGCUUCUAGUGUUGGAAUUGGCUGA